CAGCCACCUGAUUGCAAAACCGCGUCCCUCUACAGUUCCCUUGCCUUCUGCAAUUUUCCUCUUCUUCUUCUUCUUCUUCUUCUUCCUCUUCUGAUGGAGAUUCAUUUUUCUCCAUCACUUUCAAUCCCCAUUUCUUUUUUAUUUAUUAUUCUUUUCACCUUUUUAAAAUAUAUAAUUCAAAAAACAAAAGCUUAAGCAACUACUUGGAAGCUCACUCCUUGCCAUGAGAAGUGUCCACGUUUCAUUUGGAACUCAUUAACACAUCCAUUUAUCUUUUUUUUUUUUCUCUCUAUAUAUACUCUUUAACUCCUUCACUUACUUCCCCAAUAAUCAAAAUUUACACAAACAGAGAAUUACAAAAGGGACAAAUUUAUUACUACAUACAUUUUAAUUCAUUGCAUUUAUUGUUGUGUGUUAUUGUUUGCGUGCAUGGGAGAGCCCAGCUCAAUGAGGAGUCAUGGCGCAGCCACGUCGAGCUACCGUGGUGUUCGGAAGAGGAAAUGGGGGAAAUGGGUGUCGGAGAUUCGUGAACCAGGAAAGAAGACGAGGAUAUGGUUGGGGAGCUUUGAGACCCCGGAGAUGGCGGCGACGGCCUAUGAUGUAGCUGCUUAUCACUUUCGUGGUCGUGAUGCUCGCCUCAACUUCCCACAUCUUGUCAACUCUCUCCCUUUCCCUCUUAGCUCCACUCCUGAUGACAUUCGUCUGGCUGCCCAUGAGGCAGCUUUACGGGUUCGAACAACGCCUGUUGUUGCAUCGUCUGAUGAUCAGCUGGGUGACGAAACUUCCACCUUGGGGCUUGCGCCAGUCACUGUCCGAUUGUCGCCGAGCCAAAUUCAGGCGAUUAAUGAGUCGACCUUGGAUUCGCCUAAGAUGUGGAUGCAAAUGUCGUCGGAGAGUUUGCUUAUGGAUCAAGAGUUUUCAAAUGGUAAUGUGUUUGUUGAUCAUGACAUGCAGGAUUAUGAUCAGAUGUGGGAGAAUAUGCAUAAUGAUUCACUUUGGGAUCCUUAGAGUCAUUGGGUGGUAACAUUAUUUUUUAAAAAAAUUUAAAAAUAGAACAAUGACACAUCAUUUUUACAAAAGAAAAGAAAAAGAUAAUUUGAAUUUGGGUUGUGUGUUUAAUUAACUAAGUUAUACUUUGACCAUGAUUAAUUAAUUAGGAUUAAGCAAGGUGGAUUUACUCAAAGAUAGAUAGAUUAGUUAAGAAAAUUAAUUAUUAGGAAAUAAUUGAUUUGGAGUCAAAUAAAGGAAAAGGGUAUACUUUUCUUUUUACUCUUUCCUUUUUUUUUUUUUUCCAAUACAAAAUUUACAAUAUAACCAUCAAUUUGAUUAUAGAAUUAGAAAACUAUAGUAAAGUUGAUAGUAAUUUUGCAGUUUGAAAUACAAAACCAAAAGGGAGUGAUUGAGUGUGUUUUUGAGGUGAGAGCCAAAUUGUGUCAAUUCAUGGAAAAGGAAAAAGAAGGGUUUUGGUGAACCUAAAUUUGGAUAUCAUGGAAUUUGGGUAUUUUUUCUUUAUGGAUUUUGAGAUUUAAAUUAGAUUAUUGUGGCAUUUCAUGGGGUCCAUAUCAACCACACUUUUAAUUAGAAUAUUGGUUACCCUAAUAAGGCUAUGUAUGUGGGAGAAAAAUAGAGUGUGGAGUGUGUGCUUUUUUUGUCCAAUCACUUUUGUAUAAUAUAAUAUAUUGUUAAAUGAAGUUUCAUUAUUACCAUUUACAAUAUUAUUCAUUCUGCCCUUA